AUGUCAUCUGCUGAUCAAGUCGCCUUCAUGGAGCUCUUUCAUGAGCAGGAGCUUGCAAUGAUUCUCAAAGCAAUUGAGCUGCAUGUCUCUAUGCCCAUGGUCUGGGCAGUACUGGUUCGACGUGUCGCCAUUCGUGAAGCCAACUGCUGGAAACGAUUCCUGGAGACCGACAAAGCCUGUAAGAUAUUCCAAACUAGCGGGCAGGGCGUCAAGAACAAUGAAGAAACUCUUGGCGGCUUAUAA